ACAAACAAGAAAUCAAACUCACUUUCUAUCUUCUCUUGCACAACUCGUAUCUCUCUCCCCGUCUUGUUAGUUUUUGUUCUCUGAAGGAUAAUGGAACCGACUGUUUUGACCCAGUUGGCAACGGGUCUUAGUGUGCUAGCCGGGGCGGUUCUGGUCAAGUCGGUUAUGGGCCAGAAGCCCAUGGCUGGUCCGACGUGCCUAUCUUGCAACGGCACGGGUCGAGUCGCUUGUCUUUGUUCCCGAUGGUCAGACCGAGAUGUGGGUUGCCGGACUUGUUCUGGUUCAGGUCGCAUGGCGUGUAGUAGCUGCGGCGGGACAGGUACUGGUCGGCCUAUUCCGGUUCAAAUCUCUAUGCGGUCACCAAACCGCCCAUCUUGACCCGGUUCGUGCCUUAAAGAUUUGUUUUCGGGUCUGUUAUGGUAGUGAAUAUUAGUUAAUUUCUCGCUCUCUCUCAUAUUUCUAUGGAAACUUCUUUUCUUUUUCGGAUUUUCCCAAACUCUGGAAAAGAUUAAAUUGUAAUAUAAUACAAGUUGAAGAGAUACUUGGAUGGAGAGAGGGAGAGGAGAUGGAAGAUUAGUUGGUUGUAACUUGCAAUGAAAGUGAUGAAUACAUUGAGUACUGAAAUUCUUAUAAAAAUCGACAACUGAGAAGUUUAAAGUAGU